UGUGCCGCGGGAAACUCUACUAGGAAUUUGUCGUCUGAUUUUCCUGAGAGUAGCAGACGAGAGUGGCAUGCGACCGAAACAUUGAAUCAACAGCCAAUGGCUUUCAGUAGAAUUACGAAGUCGUAUUGUGUGAAGGUGUCGACAUUUUCCCAAUAUUCAUAUAAAUUGGAACGUUACUGACAAUUUGGUAAUCAGAUAAUUGUUUGAUUGAAAUAAUUUUGGAACAGAACAUAAAUUCAGGGAUAUUUAACAGUUAAAAACAAAAUGGCGGCUUCGGGUCGGGCCGUAAGGUCUAAUUCUAAAUCAACAGGGAUGAAUGUAGAUGUUGAAGUUUGGCAACCUAGAGAAAAAGCGCCCACAAAAGACAGAUCUGUGAGAUUACGGGUUAUGCCAGAACAGAGCAAUGAUUACAGGGUUGUGGUAUUUGGUGCAGGGGGUGUUGGGAAGAGCAGCCUCGUCCUUAGAUUCGUUCGCGGGACAUUCCGUGAGUCGUACAUACCUACAAUAGAAGACACGUAUCGUCAAGUAAUUAGCUGUAAUAAACAGGUGUGCACGCUUCAAAUAACAGACACUACCGGAAGUCAUCAGUUUCCAGCAAUGCAAAGAUUGUCAAUAUCCAAAGGACAUGCAUUUAUUCUUGUUUACUCAAUAACGAGUCGACAGUCCCUCGAAGAACUGAAACCAAUAUUUGAAGAAAUAACGGAAAUAAAGGGUACCGACAUAGAAGGAAUUCCAAUAAUGUUAGUGGGUAAUAAAUGUGACGAAUAUAAUCGUGAAGUAGGGACAGCAGAGGGAGCGGCGGUUGCUAAGCGAUGGAAUUGUGCUCAUUUAGAAACGUCCGCUAAAACUAACUACAAUGUAAAAGAGCUUUUUCAAGAACUUUUACAAUUAGAAAAAAGGCGGACAAUGAGUUUACAGUUAGAAACAAAGAAAACGCGGUCACAAAAGCGGAAAGAAAAACUGAAGGGAAAAUGUUUAGUUAUGUGAUAAAAAUGGCGCACACGCAAUGGAUUAAGUCUUGGUCAGAAAAAAAGGUUGUUACUAAGUUAUGCAGGACGACAAAACAUGUUUUAUUGUUUGAGCAUUUAGCAUUUGCACACUUUUACAAUGUAAAAGAAGAGUAUAAGGUAUUGACAGCGUCUUACAAACCGGUUAAGAGUUAAAACAAGUUGUGAUUGAAUUAGUGCAGAAAGUGAUUUUACAAAACAUAACACCUUUUGUGAGAAAAGCAACAGUUGCUUUUGGAUAUUUUGUUGAACGCUCUAUUUGAUAACCGAAUGUUUCAUGCUUUUUGGCGCCAAAUAUGUGCAGCUUUAUCUACGAUUGUUAAGGGUAAAUUUUUGUGCAAUAUAAUAUCUCAAUGUUGAACAAGUGUAAAUACAUAUUUAUUAAAACUGUUGCUUGCUUCCGGUAUAAAAGCUAAAAUUGACUUCACGUUUGUUCAAAUAAAAUCCAAAUGUAUGUCUUUCAAUUUUCUUUAUGUGCAACUUUACGAUUUUUACAGUUCAAUGUUAGAGGAACUCCGCUAAGGUAUUUUGUCAUUAUCGGUCUAGAAUUUGUUUUAAAAUUUGUAUAGCAUUGGAUGUAGUUGUUAUGUGGAAGUUCAGAUAUUUUUUACCGCUUGUUUUUCUCUCUCUUUCUUUGAGAAUGUGAUCAUUUUAAUUGACUGUGUAAAAGAACCCAAUAAAUGAAAAGCGUUUAAACACUUUUAGCUCAAAUCGGACUAAAAUCGCUCCAAAACUCGUUUUUCAAUUAAAUUCUGAGUAUGAUUACUGUAUGAUCUUUUCAAUACCUUUUUGUUUAAAUUAAGAAUUUCAAUUUUUAUGUUUUUUAGCUUUUUGAACUUCAGUGGAGCUCCUUUAAUGUGAAAUGGUAUAUGCCAAUUUUAAGGAUUAUAAAUAGUUUGCCUGUUCUGUUAUGGUAUAUAAGAACCAGUUGUUUACUAUACUUUAUAUUGUUGGAUUUUUCAUGCUGUAGGAAACACUAUAUGUUAAUCUAUCUCAUUCACUGUAUAUAUAAAAGUUGUUACCUAAUAUUCUAAUAAAAUAUAGAUUUUU